CAACAAUUGAACCAGGUGACGAUGUUGGCGAAACAAAUUCCACUGACGCCCAGAAUAGAAUAUCGCAGCUCAUUGCAAGAAAACGUGCACAGUUGAUGCGUCUUGCUCGUUCACAAAAUAGUGAAGAUGUAGAAAUAAUGCGACCAUCUCGCACUCGAAAGUUAUGUUUGGUGGAACGUAGUAGUGACAGUAGCGAUAGUGGAAGAGAAGUGUCUGUGGCAGCUGAAGAUUCAUCUAGCCACAAAAAUAGUGAAACCAUUGAUACCAAUGGUUGUGAAAGUGAAUAUCGCAGUGGAAAAGCUGGCUCAUCUUCUAAAAGCAAAUAUUUUGAUUUUAAGGACAAUGUUGAUACAAGAAAAAGGAGAAUUAAAUAUUUAAGGCAUUAUAGUGAUUCAUCAGAUGAUGAUAAUUGGUAUUUACAUCAAAAGAGGAAAAGGAAAGCUCCAAGUUGGCCUUCAGAUUCUAGUGAUUCAGACAUGUGUGUUUAUGACGAUGACAAAGAAUCUGUUUCUAAUAACAAAAUUGUCCUGAAACAUAAGAAUAAAGUAUGUGUCAUGAAAGGAAGAGAAAAUGAUUCAGAUACCUCAAGUUCUGAUGAUGACAGUGGGCAAAACGAGAAUCAGGCUAGCACCAAAGUGAAGCGGAAAUCUUCAAAGUGUGAAAAAUUCAGUCAUCUGAAUAGGAGAUCUAAUUUCAAGCCCAGAAGUAAAGCUUUUCAUAAAAAAAUUAGUGAAAAUAUAGUUGAUGAAUUUCUGUCUGAUGAAACUUCCGAUAGAAAUGGUGAACAUUCUAACUCAUGUGUAAACGGAAAUGAUGCAACAGUUCCUACCAAAAUAAUAAAUAAAGAGGCCUUAAUUGAGUGCAUAGAAGACUUCAAUAAGGAGCCAAAUUUACCAGUAACACCAAAUAGUCGUAUUAGCAGUGGAGCUUCAUUUCAAGAUUCUGAAACUCCUGACAGUGGUAUUGCUUCCACAAGUAGUCCCUUUUCUCGACCUAGUAGUAAUAGUAGCCAUAGAAGUAUAUCACCCAGAAAUAAGAGUCCAGAGCAGGCUGGUGAAUCAAGUUGUAGUCUUAUUUGUCAGCCUUGCUGUAAUGAAGAAAAUAUUGUUGAAAACCCUCACAGUAGUGUUCUUGGUUCAAAUGUUCACGUACGAGUAUCAGAUUCCAUUGGAAAUCCCAACAGCAACCUUUCAGAAUUUGUUUCCAGUGAGAAUAGAAGCAAUUCUGAUUGGACUGUAUUUCAAAGAUUUAGAAAUCGUGUGAACAGAAUGCAGAGAAAUUUUAGGAAGCGAAUUAGUGAUGAUUCUGAUUCAAAUUAAGUGGCCUCUCUUGAUGUUUUGUAAAUUUUUAUAAAUAUUAAUGUACAUAAAUAUAUGAGGACUUUGUGUUUUUUGUGUGUAACUCAUACCUAUUAGACAUUGCUUUUCUGAUGAUUUUGUCUGUUGUUAGCAUUUGAUUAUGCAUUACAAUACAUUAUACAUUUUCUUUACUUCUUGGUUGUUUAUGAAAAUUUGUUUGUUCUAUGUAGUUUUAAUUUUAUUUAAAGGCAGUUAUUCUUAUUGCAUAACAAAAUUCUUACAUGUAUAUUAGUAUAAAGAAUUUAUUACUACAAAUGCUGCAUUACUGUUAUUUAUAUUUGAAAAUUUAUUUUCAUUAAUUAUGCUGUUAUAAUUAUUUAGUUUUUUUCUUUUGAACACAUUUUUUUUAUUAGGAGGCCAUCAUCUUCAGGCAGAAGUAUUGGGAGGAAAAAAUAUACAUAUAUAUAUUGAUUGUGAAGUUGUAUGCUUUAGAUUUUAGACUAUUUGUAUAGUUUUGGCAAUGCAUUUGUUUUUUUUCUUAUGGUUUCUUCACAUAAGAAAUUUCAUGAAGCAGUAGUCUAUGUUGUGUAAUUAGAACAAAACAAUUUUUUGAAGUAAUUAUUUUCGCUGCAGAUGAUGGCAUAGGUUAUUUCCUUCUCUAUUGAAGGAAUUCUGUAGGAAGAUAUUGUGGAUUCUAUGUUUGCCACAAACUGUAAAGAAAUGCUAUGUACAUAGAUUGCACUUCAUGUUAAUGUGUUAUAUGUUUAAUUCAAAUACAAAAUAUAUGUGCACAAAAAUUUCUUUAAUUUAGAUGUAAAAGUACUAUUUAGAAUAUGUUUAACUAAAAUUUCAUCUGGACAAUGUACAUUUGGAAACUUGUGUCAGAAAAACAACAAAAAUACCUCAUUGAUUAGAAAAUAAUGCUAUUUGGCAAAUAUUUCCCUGAGAUGCCUGUCAUACAGACUUUUUUCUCUUUACCUUUUAAUCAUCUAGCAUAUCUCUGUAAUAUGCACUUGGAUGUACAAUGUGUAUGUAUAAUUCUAGUCAUAAGAUAAAAGGCAAGUUAUAGAAAUCAUUGUUCUUUAAUUUGUGCUUCUGUAUUAAUUUUUUCUUCCUUUACUAGAUGAUGUAACUAAUAGAGUUCUAUUGAUAAAUAUUAUUGUGACACCUAAUAAAUAAAUUUGUGAAUUAAUUAUAGGCGAUAUUGCUUUCUGUUCAUUCAGUUUUAAUUGCUUUAAUGAUCAGCUAUUUCAUGAGUAAACAUAUUUUCAUUUGUGUUAAAACUGCCUAAAAAUGAGAGGUUGGUAAUGUUUGUUUCAUUUACUGAUUUUGCGAAGUCUUUAGAUUUAAAAAAUUGUUUGUGGUAAAUAAUAAUUGUUUGGGAUGCCUAGGUUAAGUUGGGAAGAGUUGAAUUAAAACUCAGUGUUUCAGAUCAGGAAGAAAUAGUUUUAAGUUUUGAUAAUGAAAUGAAUACACGAGUAUAUAAAAUGACGAAAGAAAUUCCGAGAAGACUAUCUGAAGAAAUGAAAAGUUUGCUAAAUGAAGACAUUUUUGGGCAAGGUUGAUAAGGCAGCUGGCUGAACGUCUUCUAGAAAAUUGUGCCAGAACAUAAUGAAUUUGUCAUAAUUUUCUCUUACAAGAUUUUCAAGUAGUGUCCUUGUUUCAACUGAGGAAAUGUGUUUUGGUGUCUUUUUCUUUCUUAGGUAUGUACAUUUGACAUUUUUCCUUCCUUAACUGGCAUUGCACAGAUGACAUGUUGCCAUAUAAAAUUGGUUCCAACAUUGUGUUUUAAGUAAGUGUAUGUAGCUUCUACUGUGUGAAUUGUACAUUGUGUAAAUUAAAUAGUCUUUCAUUCAGGUAUAGAGAAACACUACACUAUUAUCAUAUGUACCAUGUGAUGUUAUUGGCAAUGGGGAAUUAUUGAAUAGCCUAGGGGUCUUGUGUUGUGUAAGAAAUAAAAUUCAGAUUUGCCAGAGCGGAACUAAAAUAUAUUUUUGUAUGAUAGACUCUGUAAAAGUGUUGCGAGAGAUUUUCUUUGGAAGUGUUACUGUAAAUUUCGCCAAAACAGUGCUUUUUCAGAAAAUAGAACUGUAAUAUUGUGCAAGAUAUAGAGAACCUAUUGUGACCUAGAAUAAAAAAGUUGUUUCUUUUAAAAAUAGUCCUAAAAUAUGAGGACUGUGGAAAGCCAAUCUUUUCAUUGAGAGUAGUCCUUUUCAAGGUGACAUGUACCAAUGAAGACUGAUUAUUGUUUUCAGAUAUGUGAUGUAGGGUGAAUAUAUUAGACUGAAAUAUUAAGUACACUGCACUGAACUUUCUUUUUCUUUCCUUUACCUACUUCCUGCUGCCUUUUUAAUAAUAAAUUAAUAAGUGUAUAUUAAUUUUUUUGUAAUUAAGAUUUUUUUCUAUUAUUUAAUUGACAUUUUUGGUCUAUCAAUUUUGUUUAAAAUAUUUAAAUUCCUUUCUAAAUAAAUUGGUGCUAAUGUGUUUUACUUAUACAUAGGUGUGGCUGGCCUCCAGGAUGACCAUGACUAUCUAUGUUUCCCAAUUCUGAACUAAAGAUUCUGGUAAUAAUAAAAUACCUACAGAACCAGGCAUGAAGUGGACCUGACUAUCCUAGGGUUGUCAUUAGGAAAACAAUAGGGUCAUCCGAAACAUAUUUCAGAGCAAAUUUAUUAUGUUUAUUCAACUAGUGUAUCAACUGUAAAAUGAAAAUAGUAUUUUACGUAAACUGCUAAUAAAUAAUAAACUAAUAAAUAGUAAACAGUAGAUCAAGACAAAUUGCAUUGCACACUUUCGAUUAACAGUGUGACAAUACCCUUUCUGGGAUGAAUUUCCUUGACUUUUCUAGGAUAUUUACUUCAGUUUUUCAUGACAAAAUUUGUGAAGUAUAUCAAGGUAUUUAAAUAAAAUAUUAAAUAAAGCAUGGUUUUGGUCGAUAUUAAAUCACUAUUAUCAACUGAGUCCUUUUCUCCUUUAUGUUCCAGAUUAUCUUGCACUAACACAUUGUGAGAGAAAAAGAGGUACUUCAAUUCAAAACA